GGUAGACGGCAGUCAUAGAAGCGGCGGAUCAUACUGCGCAUGCUCGCCGUUUCGUGACCUGCUGGCCGUAGCGUAGCCAAUGAUCGCUUGAGUACAAAUGUAAACCCAUCAGCGGUAUAUUUUUAAAAAUUUGAUCAGCGAAGUGUACUGUGUAAAAGUAGCAGUCUUGAAAAAAGAAAUUAAUUCAAUCGAAAACUUUAAGAAAUUUCAUUUUUGAAUCAUAGUUUCGACCCUUCGUGAAAUUAAAAUGGCAUAUGCCAGUACCGUUGUGAACGAUGAUAUAGUUAACAAAGAUAGUGAAGGAAUUAGUAAAAGUCGGAAUGACGAUACUAGAAUUUCGCAAAGUGCCUUUACAGUUGUGAACGAUGAUAAAGUUAGCAAAAAUAGUGAUAGUGAAGGAACUAGUAAAAGUCGGAAUGAUGAUACUAGAAUUUCGCAAAAUGUCUUUACAGUUGUGAACGAUGAUAAAAUUAGCAAAAAUAGUGAUAGUGAAGGAACUAGUAAAAGUCGGAAUGAUGAUUCUAGAAUUUCGCAAAAUGUUCUUUUAGAUUUGCCCGCCGAAGACCGAUUGAAGACUUAUUUUCAAAACGCUCUCUCUUACACUCUCCAAAAAUAUUUGGAUUCUGUUAAAUUUUCUGUGUUUAAAAGAGGAUAUCCAGAACUAUAUGAAAAAAGUCGUGGCAAUUUAAGAGAAUUUUAUAAACAAUUUAAAUCUCAACUUAAGUCCAGCGUUCAGAUUGAUCUAGAUAACUUAUGUCAGCAGACUAAUACUGGUACAUUGUUAUGUGAAUUGGAUAAGCUGAUAAAAGAAAAGAAAACAAAUAUUAACGGUCAUUCUUGGAGGCCAUCUGGAAAUCCAGAAGAAGAUAUUAAGGAUCAUGUUUAUCAAGAAAAGCAAAACUAUGAAGAACAGCUGAAGAGUUAUUUGCAAAUAUUAAAGACAGAAAAAGAAGAGCUAGAAACAGAAUUAUCUAAAAAUCAUGAAGCUAUUUUACAACUACAGAAGGAACACCAUGAACUCCAUGAUGCAUUGGGUGUAACUUUGAAGUCUGUAAAUGAUGUUGGAAUUCAGAUAGAAGAUGUCAUCCAUGAUAUACAGGAAACAGAAAAUUGAAGUUUUUUUAAUAUGCUGGAAAUUAAUUAAGAUUUUUAAAUAUAAGUGUGCUUUGCACAUAUAUUUGCUAUAUGUAUAUUAAAUUAAAAUAUUUUAAAAUUUUAAUUAAAUUUUAAAUUGUAAUUUAAAAAGUAUCGUUUCAACAUUAAAUGUAUUAAUAUGCUUUUCACCAAGUUUACUGUUGCAAAACUGCUAUUUUCUUCAUCUUAUGAAUUGAAUGAAGUAUAUUUGUUCAAUUGUUUUUUAAGUUAUUUUAAUUGUUUUGUUUUGUGUUUUGUUUGUUUGUAAAUUGUUUUGUAUUAGAAUCUGUACAAGUGUUCCAGAGAAAUACAUUGUAAUAUAUCAUCUACUGUAAAUCUGGAACUUUGUCCAUAGAUCCCCCCCUCCCGGUUUUAUGAUUUUUUUAUUAGUGCUAUGUAUUUUUAAGCCUUUUUUAAUUAUCUUUUGUGAAGUUCUGCUUUUGUACAGAAUGCAAACAGUUGAUGCAGAUCUUAAUAAUGUUUGUGUAUGUAUUUAACUAUUACAAUACAAAUUAAAUUAUCCCAUUUCCUCUGUUCAUUGAAUCAGAUCAGACAUUUGUCUGUAAUUACCAUACUUUUUUCUUCUCCCCAACAACUGAAAUUGUUCUUUCUUAAACUCUUUCUCAAAUUUUAAUGGUAUAGAAUAAUGUAAUAUUUAAAUGCUCAAAUAAUACAGAAUAAGUUCUCUGGCUAUAGCAUUACUUAACAAAAAAAUAAUAAUAAUACUGAGGAUGAUAAUGAUAGAAAGUGGCUGAAUAGUCAAAUGCUGCUAACUAAAAAAUAAAGUUCUAAUUUAUUUUCUCCCUUCUUUUAGAAUAUCUUCCUAGUGUAAGCAUAGCACAUUCACCAUGUACUCAAGAGGUCCAGGAUUUAAGUUCCGACAAGAGUAUUGCAAAUUUUUUCAUCAGUUUCCUAACAUCGAAAAAUUCUAAAAUGACUGCACAAUUGGCACCCAGACUAAAAGAUGAUGGAUGAUAAAUCGUCACCGCUAGGAUUUGGUGAUUGGGUCCCUUAAUCCCUCAUUGCCCUUUAAAAAGGGAAGUAUAUAAGAUACUCCCAUCAUGCCUUUGUGAUGAACUGUAGCACACUCGAGAUGCAUUCGAGAGGUCCAGGGUUUGGGUCCCAGCAAGGGCACUGCACAUGUUUUACAUCUCCUGCUUUAAAAAAAAAAAAAAAAAAAAAAAAAAAAAAAAAAAAAAAAAA